AUUUCCUUCCUUGUUUGUGCGCAUAUUGUUCAGUCCGGUUAUAUUCUAGGGCAAGUUGAGCCGUUUCCAUCGUUAAAGGUUGAUGUUAGAUGGAGGAGACGGUAUCAGAUGUUGGGCAGAGGAACAGCUUCAAGCCCGCGGAGCUGCAUAGCGUCAGCCAGACCCAGACGAUGCCGACCAACCCAGAGUCUUUCCCUGCAGCCUUUCAUCCCUACCGUUAUUCCGCCUUGUCCGUACAUCCCACAGACACUGUACCCGACGGCCACGCCAAGACACGCGAUUCAUGGCUCUCAGACAGGGCUCGCAGGUCCUCCGUACCAGCUAGUCCGGCCAAGCGCACAAAGGGCAAGGAGCCUGCAAUCCACCAUGCAGACGAGUCAUUCGCUUACGAUGCCGACACGCUUGUGUCCAAACGCUACAACCCUCCCUCUUCCUUCACCACACGGGAUUCCAACCGUGACAGCCUCCCCCAUCACCCUAGGAAAGUUCGGAACAGCCUUUUCGUUGCUGCUGACGCUUUUACCGCCAAGUUCGGCAAGAAGCAGCAUAACCAGUCGCCUGUCCCGCGACCCGCUCCACCCCAGGUUCUCCCGGAUGUCAUAGAGAUCAGUGCUCUCCGUCGGGACGAAGAACUUGAGAGGGAACGCUUACGAGACGCAGCCGCACAAUCUCUUGGUCUCGGACCCGAACUUCUACACGACUCGCCACCGAAGGACAGCUUCAGCGACGACGAGAGUGAGAUGAACAACCACGAAGGCCUGCCCAUGUUACCACAUUCUGUCAAUGGCGACCCAAUCACCCCCACCGAACCAACGCACAGCUCUGGUUUCUCGAGCAACGGCCACAGACCCACGUCGAUGACUCAUCCAUAUCCCGGGUCUCUCACGCAGCUGGGAGCUGCCUCUGCGGCUACGGUCGCUCCUGUGCCAGCUUUCCCUAGCACGGUGUCUGCUCUAGAGGGCAACAUUCAACUUCGCUUGACUUUGCCAAAGUUCUACCCACCUUCUUCUCUACUCAGCUUUGCGCUCGCGAAACAAUGGAAGACACGCCAUAUGAUAUUCUCAACGCCCUCGCCCUCAUCGCGAAAUACGGGAUCAGGCAUCUCGUAUCUUCAUUUAUUCAAGUCCUCGUCGCCCGACGAAAAGGAACUAGAGCGGUUAGCUAUCAAUGACGACAGUGUAAUAUAUAUUUCAGAAGAGGACGUCGGGGGACGCGGAAAUGUUGUCAAGAUUGGUGGUGUUGAGUCCGGUUCGGUGAAGAAGGAGAUCAACUUGGAAGAGAACGGGAGGACAAUGUGGUUCGUGCAGAUCAAGGAUGCCACGGAGGCCCAGAAGUGGAUUACCUCAAUCAAGGGAGCCGUCCUUGCUCAGAGAACCAUCCGAGCAGGGCUUGCACAUAACCAUGCCGCCGGAGGCAGCGGACCCAAAGGAGACAUGGACGUUAUGCUCUCCAUGCACCUCCAAGGGAUGGUCUCUCCUACAAACAAGCGACAGUCCGUUGAGUCUGAUGCGACAAGGUCGCAAACUCCAGACAAACCCAUGAAUUUUCCUGCGGUUGGCCACGCCCCAUCCUCAUCACACUCAUCUCGAACACUGUCUUUGGCGUCAAAGGGUAGCGGUGUCUCCGUGCUGAAGGGCAUGUUCUCCCAUGGUCGGCCUCGUUCGCGUGCGUCGUCAGUACGCACGACGUCGAUCGAUACAGCUCAUGGGUCGGCGGAGGACUCAUUCACAAGUGUAGGCAACAACCUGCUCUCGAUGCUUCGUCCCAACACUGUCGGUGAUGCCUCCAUGUCUCCUACACGACCGGGCACCUUUCCUGGUCCAGGCCCUUCACACUUCAGAGAUUUCUCAGAGGCGUCGAGGCCCACGGUUCUCUCCGACCUGAAGAUUGUUUCUAACACGGAGUUCAGUCCGUCUCCGGUUGAGCCAGAACAUCAUACUGAAGUCAGUUCACUCCCCGCUGGAUCGGUUUCCCUCCAACCCCCUCCAAGGAAGAAAUUCUUCCCCCCUUCUGCUUCCGACGCACCGCAGUCACUAUCUCCUUUAUACUCGCAAAGUAACGGUAACCAAAGUGUUGCGGGCAGCUUUGGCGUCCAGUCGCUGUUGUCUGUGGACAGCCCCCGGGCUGGCUCGCAUCUUACCGUCACCAACUAUCGGGAGCGGUCUUCCUCAAUACAGUCCAUAUCUACCUCUGGUACAGGCGAAAGCGACGGGAACUCUAAAUCAAGACGUUGGUCAAGACAAAGCAGCACGCUUCCCAAGCGUCUGACUCCUCCGAGCGGUCCUGUACCUCCGCCACCAGCGGGGCCACACAGCAGGUCUAGCUCCAUACCCGCCAGCGAUGAAUCAAGCCCCAAUACUUCGCCCGGCCCCCAGCUUACUAUGGCUUUGUCACCUAAUUUCUGGAAGCGAGCGUCCGCGUCUUCUGCACAGAGCGGAGAGACUGCGAGCACGUCUAAUUCUCGAUCUCCCAUAUCUCCCCCCGGAUCCACGAAACGCCGCUCGAUGCCUCCCCCACGGCCCGCUCCGAACUUUGCGCCGCCCCCGGCACCAAUGCAAAAUGGCGAAGUGUCGUCCCCUGCCUCCCCUACCGAGCACCCUCCUCCGCACAAGAGCCUGCGUUCCACAGUGGCCCAGCGUGCUCUACGGCUCUCUCUCUCGGCACCCAAACCCCCGCCGGACUCCUCGUUACCCCCGCGCCCGGACGAGCAAGAUCAGCUGCCAUACGCGCAUGACCGCCGAGACUCUAGUACCCCGCACCACCCCCUGUAUUCGAUACCCGCCUCUCCAGUACCUGAGGGCGCCGUUCCGUCCUUCAUAGCCUCAUCGAGCAACGAUAACGGCGGCCGCCCUUCCUCAGUGGGCUCUGGCUCUGCAUCCGCAUCGUCCACACGCAGCAUAUCCAUCAAGCAGCGCCUGCGCAACCUUAGCGCCCCUGCUUCGCCCCCUUCCCAUACGCUGCCUCCAGAACCCGCCAAUGCCAGCCCCGCGAGCCCCACGACGAAAUCGUUCACGAAGGCGCCAACGCCAACGCCCCCGCCACCAACGUCUGUACCGCCCACGCCUGGACCUUACGACCCCGAACCCCAGUCGCCGAGCCCGUCGAUUGGGGAACGCAUCACGAACAUGCAGAACGAUCCCAACUUCCUGCAAAUGCUCACGCCUACUAUACCCUCGGCCACGCCCCCGCCUGCUGUACCGCCACGAAGUCCAAAUAGGCCCUCCCUCCUCCCCGAACGCCUCUCGAGUUCGCCAGAAAUCACCUCGUUGUCUCCUCCACCCCGCCGAGGAUCCAGGCAGAUAUCCGUAAUAGAGAAGCCUGCCGACAAGGGCCAGCCGGCGCCAGUCGAUGCCUCGGAUGUAGGUGGGGAGAGCAAGCUUACCGGCUUAUCCAAGGGUGGAUCCGUUGUCUCUCUGGGAUUUGUCUCCGUCUAAUCUAGUUGUUGUCAUUGUUGCAUCUCUUGUUGUGCCCCCUUGCUUUUGCUUUCGACACUAUCGCUAGCUUUCAAUUGUAUUAUAACCAUCAUGG